AUGGGCUUCGGCCUGGGCUUCGAUGCUCCAAGCUAUGACAUCGACUUGGAGAGACAUUCAGAGAUGCCCUUGGAGCGCUUGGUCUCGGAGAUCGGCCACAGCUUGAGAUUUAAGGGCCACUGCGUGCUGAAGCUGGGCCUGGAGGAGGAUCUGCUGGAGCAGGCCACUGAGCAGGCGGUGGACUUGAAGAGGGCGGGGAAGCUGCAGGCCCGAGCCGCUGCGUGCGCCGACGCUCCAAAAGCUGCGCCCGCGCGCUAA